CAUGGACGCUUCAUGUACUCGCUUGACCGCGUCGGUUCCUCGUAAUAGAAGAUACCCUCAACCGUGCCGUCACCUUUCACAGUACUCAACUCGUCAUGGGUAACUCUGUCUCCGUUCUGUCUCGGGAGGCACCCACGCGGUCCCAGAAGAUCGACCAACAGAUACAAGAGGAGAUGAAGAAGGAUCUUAAGAUUCUUGUGCUCGGAACGCUAGUGCGGAAAUCGCGUAGUCCGCGCUUCGCCAUCAUGCACUCAUUGCAAGGCUCUUCUACCACGCCCACCGGGCGUACAGGUCCGGCAGAGUCGGGCAAGUCAACGAUCGUGAAGCAGAUGAAGAUCGUACAUCAAGGCAGCUACACCACAGAGGAACUCAUAGCCUACCGCACUAUCUUCCACAACCUGUUCGAGUCUGCGCAUGACAUCGUCCGCGCAAAGCAUGAGUUGGGCGUCGAUGAGUUCUACCUCAUGGAUAACGCGAGUUACUUCUUGAAGAGGCGCGGCGCCCGGACUACAUCCGACGACGAAGACGUGCUGUGCGCGCGAGAGGAGAGCGCUCGAUGUAUUCAGGAGCAAGAUUCAGAGGAUACCACUUGGGUAAACUUCCCGGAGUACACUGGCGGGCCGGACGUUAACAAGGCUGUGAAAUACAUCCUCUGGAGAUUCAUGCAGAAGAAACACGGAAGACGAAGCGUGUAUCCCAUAUCACGCAGGCGACGAGUAUGGAUGACGCGAGUAAUCUCCGGGUGGUGGUGGUGCGGUGAAGGAGACAUAUUGCAAAAUGCCCUUCAGAUAUGAGGAAGGACGCAGGUGUCCUGUGAUUGACU